CACAUUCCAAAACCGAAUGGGUUUGGUGGUGCUGCGAGCCGUGCGAGUGGUCGAGGCCAUCGGUGCACAUGCACCAUAUCCACACACGGUCAUGAGUCGGUCUGAGGUGGGCGCAGGAUUGCGGUGCCCGAACUCACCUGAAACGAGCAUGCGAAAGUCGUUUCCUUUUGCCUGCCACGGAAUAAAGCUCUCCGUUCCUCGAGAAAUCGGAAAGUAGAGGGAUGGUCGACAACCCCGGGGACCAUUCCUUUCCUGGAUAAGUAAGGAAGUUUUGAUCCGGUUCAUGGUGUCAUGAUCGCCCAGGGAAUAGACAGACGGACGGACUUACGUGCCUUCAAUGCCGUGGAGUGAGAGAGUGUGCAAUCAGUGGCUCCAGCUACCGGGGAUGACACGAAUUGGCAGAUCACAUCGAUCGUUCGAUGGGGCGUUUGGAGCUGAAUUACUCAUGUCACUGGAAUGUCACGAGGAAGGCGGAGGGAGGAGCAUGGGGACUGGAACUGAGAUUGAGAUUGAGAUUGAGCUUGAGCUCAUGAAGCAGAGGCUGGCUUCCAGGCACCGGACUCAUGGAAAGGACAGCUCGUAAGAUUUGAACCGUGGGGGCGUAAAGUCGGUCGAUUCUGAAAUUUACAGACUGACGAGAAACGGUAUGCGAGUUGGGUAACAAGUUAACAACUUUCCUGUCUCGAAAAGUGGUCCCCACAUGUAGUGGGACGUGUCACAUAGCAUAGCCUGAUGAUAGUGGUACUUUGAUUACCGAGAGGUUCAAUCAGACUCGUCUACAGCUGUUUGUUGAAGGCCCUGUCCUUGGCUCGGGGCUCGGCUUGAUGCUCGCACAAGUACCUGGUACCAAAACUCGGCCAAGAGCGUGCACUGGCCAGUGAAUCUCACGAAGCAGACAGAGACAGGGAGGCAAGCGAAGACAGUGAAGUUCGAAACACCGUUGUUGGGUGUGGCACCUGUAUCCCAAGCCCACCGAAAGCGACCAAGCUUGCCGAGGCCUUGCUUUUCUACGCGACGACCUAAUCUGUUGUACGCCCUUGGCCAUAUUCAGAAAUGUUCGGAUCAUGGCAAAAGAUAAAGUAAUGUUACUCGUACAGAAUCAAGUAAAUGGGUCCUUCAAGCUUAUCUGGACCGAAUCUUACGAGCAUUUCGUGAGCCUGAGACGCUGCCUUGCCUCAUGGUCCACGUUCCCGGUUCAAAAACAUUGUAGUAAAGGUAAUGAUUGCUGAUUAUGUGUGCUGACAUGCGAUCAAAUUAUAGUGAAGACAAAGGGCAGAUGUGUGAUAUGGCUUGCACAAGCCGGGAUCGAAGGACUGUACUUGAAUCCCUCCCUCCCUCCGUCCUACAGCCCCCGAGUAGGCAAUCGCCUUGUCCAUGAUAUUUCCCAUUAGCAUCUUAAAAUGGACCUCUAAGAGAAGUUGUUGUUGUUGUUGUUGUUGUGGUUGCAGCAGCUGCUGCUGCUGCUGCCCAAUGCCCUCGGAUCACGUUCAAGAGUCCACAUUUUGGUGCGCACACGUCGGACAUGGAGAAUCCUUGCAAUUGUACUUUCAGUGCGUGCGUAGGGAAGUUACAUGUGUGUGCCGGGGGACUGGUCCGGACUCCACAGGGCACAGCAGCAGUGAGCGACUCCACGUUGCAGCUGAGCUGAGGUCCGAGGCUCCCAGCAGACAAGACAGUAAGUAAGUAUGUGAGGGAGGAAGGGAGGAAGGAUGGAUGGAUGUGAGAUAUGAGGCCCGGAGAAGAAACACAACCGAGGACUUGAAGACUUGAAGAAGAAGAAGAAGAAGAAGAAGGUGUGGAAAGUUCCAAUGUCUUGUAGGACGACAAAUGGUAUGACAACCGAAGAGGUCAAAGCUGGGCGAUGGAAGAAAAGGAUCUUUUCCACUGACCUCGCAGCAAAGUUGCCUUGCUUUC